AUGAAGUUUCUCAGUCUUCUCGCAAUCACCACUGCUAUUGGUGCGGCCAGUGCGGCCAGUGUUCCCCUGAGCGACCGCCAAGUUCCCGCUGGAGCAUUAUUAGGUCUUGCUUCCCAAGGCGAUGACUGCACCGACCACACUGGCGAAUACUGUUGCACAUGGGAGGGUUGUCGAUCAUGCUGCCCUUGGGAGAAAUGUGAUCUGAGCAUCGACGCUGCCCAGGGCAAAUGCGUGCCUAAUUGGUGA